AGAUGAAAAAACUGCAAAACAAACUCCUGCAGAGAGAUCUUGAAACGAUGAUGACGAAGAAGGGAAUUUGGGGAAUAGCGAGGAGGGCUCUCCUUCUUGCAAGACAAGCAUCAGAAGCAGACAACUCCUCAUCUCGACGCUUCUUCUUCUCUCCUUCCCUUUACCAGCUGACUAAUGGCGCUCCUUUUGCUGCUGCUGCUGCUUCCAAUCCACUCCGCCAAUCCCCUCUCUCGCCUUUCAAUUCCAACAUAUGUGGCUCUUUUGGAGGGCAGAAGAGAAGCAUGUUUAUUCAGACCCAGUCGACGCCUAAUCCUGCAUCUCUCAUGUUCUAUCCUGGAAAACCUGUUAUGGACGUUGGAAGUGCCGACUUCCCGAAUGCUCGUGCAGCAAUGGGUUCACCGCUAGCCAAAUCACUCUAUGCCAUUGAUGGAAUAACUCGAGUAUUCUUUGGAUCAGAUUUUAUAACAGUAACGAAGUCUGAUGAAGCAUCAUGGGAUUUUCUGAAACCUGAAAUAUUUGCAGCCAUCAUGGACUUCUAUUCAUCCGGGAAACCACUGUUUCUGGAUUCGAAUGUUGCUGCUUCUAUGGACACCGCCAUUCAUGAGGAUGACUCAGAAAUUGUGGCCAUGAUCAAAGAAUUGUUGGAGACUCGUAUACGGCCGGCAGUUCAAGAUGAUGGUGGAGACAUUGAAUACCGGGGAUUUGAUCCAGAAACUGGAAUAGUCAAGCUAAGAAUGCAAGGAGCCUGUAGCGGCUGCCCGAGCUCAUCUGUCACUUUGAAAUCUGGCAUUGAAAACAUGCUCAUGCAUUAUGUAUCUGAGAAUAUCCUGGAUCAUACUCAUGUCUGCAUCCACCACAUGUGGCAUUCAGGUUAAAGGCGUGGAGCAGGAAUUAGAUGAUGAAGAUGAGGAUGUGAUACUCACCAGCCAGAUGGAUUGAACACAAAUAAAAAGAAAGGGUCUCUCUUUAACUUAAUCAUGCUCCAGGUAUUAAUCCAUCCCUCUUGGAAUUCCAAUCUCGUGCUUUUAGCGAAUGGCGGCUGUAAAUCUUGUGUCCUGGAUCACUGAGCGUCCAGAUUUUUUAUGGCUUCAUAUAAUGGGUUGCUGAGUGUAUGAUCAUACAUCCCUUUGCCCGAAGCUUUUUUAGUGUAUAAAUAACAAAGAGAGCCUUAAUGGCUCUGCCCUUGGUGUAAAAUAACAUUUUCCCAGCACACAUCUAGAGGAAUCAUAACCACUGAUAUGGUGGGACACCAUCUGAAGUUGCUAUA